AUGCAGGAUCGUUUGAAAGAACGUAUGGAUGCUGCUUCACAGUUUAAUGUGGUUUACUCGACCACAAAUAUCUAUGAAGUUCAAGGGAAGUAUUCUCAUGUUGUUGAUGACCUUGGUAUUUGUUCUUGCACGUGUAGAAAAUGGGAGAUUGAAUGUUUUCCUUGCUCUCAUGCUCUUGCUGUAAUUCAAGCUGCCUCAAAGGAUGUUUAUGCAUUUGUAGAUCUGCAUUACUUUGCUGACUACUGCAAGAAGUGCUAUGAUGUUCCACUUUUCCCUCUUUCUAAUGCUGAUAUGGCUUCUGCUGAAUCUGCUAAUGAUGAGUUUAUACAUCCUCCCCAUGUGAAGAGGCCCCCUGGAAGGCCGAAGAAAAAGAGGUUCAAGUCAAGUGGAGAGACUCAAAAGAAGCUCAUUCGUUGUGGCCGAUGUCAAAAAUUGGGCAAUCAUAACAAGGCGACCUGCACUGAACCUCUUUGA